GGGCUCCUAGUCCCAUCAGUUGCUCCCCGGCAGCCGCCACCUCCGCACGCUUAUUUCUUUACCCGCGUCACUUUUUGGGAAAAUUAAAAAAACUAAAAAAAUUUUUAGAUUUUAUUUUUCCACUUGUCGAUUUCCAUCACCUGUUCCAUUGGAAUUCCAGAACAAAUUCCAUCGAAAUGUUGAAUUUCAUUCAGCGGUGAUCUCUCGAUAAAACGGAUAAUAUUUCACCGAAAAAAUUCAAUUUCAAAAAAAAAGAAAAGAAGAAGAAAAAACAUUCGACACCACCGCGCCAUCCUGCUGAAAUCUAAAAGUGCUCAACGGUGCGUGGCCGUCGUGUUUGUGUUGUGUGACAGCGAAUAAAAUAAAAACGGUUUCCAUCCAACAGAUCCUGGACACCCAAAAAAUUGUUUGGGGAGAGCCCAGUUACGUGAUCCGACUUCCAGAGCGACACAUUCUCGACCUCAAUUUAAAAAAAGUUCCUUUGGCCCGGAAGAAACAAACAAAAUGAGUUUGAUCGUGCCGGCCGCAACGGCCGCAGCCACAACGGCCACCUUAUGGUUCGUGCCUUUAAUCGUGGCAGCCGUUUCCUUCUACCAGUACGACAAAACAGAUCCGGAAGGACGACCCAAAGACACCAAGGUGAUUUAUAAGUAUUACGACUUUAUCGUGAUCGGGGCCGGAUCGGCCGGAGCCGUUGUGGCUAAUCGACUGAGCGAGCAACCCGACUGGAACGUCCUACUCUUGGAAGCCGGCGGCGACGAGACGGAAACGUCAGACGUGCCGGCCUUGGCCGCCUAUUUGCAACUCUCCGAACUCGAUUGGCAAUACAAAACCGAACCCCAACCGACGGCCUGUCUCGCCUUCAACGACAAAAGAUGUUCCUGGCCGCGCGGUAAAGUCCUGGGCGGCUCCUCGGUGCUCAACUACAUGUUGUACGUGCGUGGUAACCGGCGGGAUUACGACAGCUGGGAGCAGAUGGGAAAUUACGGAUGGGGAUAUGACCACGUCCUGCCCUACUUCACCAAGUCGGAGGACAACCGCAAUCCUUACCUGGCCGAGUCGCCCUACCACGGAGUCGGAGGCUACCUCACCGUCCAGGAGGCCCCAUAUAAAACGCCACUGGCCACCGCCUUUGUCGAAGGAGGAGUCGAAUUAGGUUACGAGCAUCGCGAUGGCAACGGAGCCUAUCAAACGGGAUUCAUGAUUUCGCAGGGGACGAUCCGGCGCGGAUCCAGGUGCUCCACCUCCAAGGCUUUUCUGCGUCCGGUGCGGAAGCGCAAGAACCUGCACAUCGCCAUGCACUCGCACGUCAUGCAAAUCAUGAUCGAUCCCGAGACCUACCAGGCCUACGCCGUCAAGUUCCAGCGCAAAGGCAAAAUCUACAUCAUCCAGGCCACCAAGGAAAUUGUCGUGUCGGCCGGCUCCGUCAACACGCCGCAGCUGCUCAUGUUAAGUGGAGUCGGGCCGGCCGAGCACUUGCGAGAGCUGGGCAUUCCCGUCAUCGCCGAUUUGCGUGUCGGCGACAACCUGCAGGAUCACAUCGCCGCCGGCGGGAUGGUCUUCACCCUGGAACAGCCCGUCUCGCUGGUCCAGAGCCGCUUCGAGAACCUGCCCAGCAUUUUGCGCUACGCCAUGUUCGACUCGGGUCCGCUGACGACCCUGGGCGGCGUAGAGGGACUGGCCUGGGUCAACACCAAAUACGCCAAUCACAGCGACGACUGGCCGGAUAUCGAAUUUCAUUUCGUGUCUGGAACACCUGCCGCUGAUGGAGGAGCUCAAAUUCGACGAGUUCACGGUGUGACGGAUUUCGUUUGGGACAAUUAUUUCGCGCCCAUCGCCUACCGAGACACUUGGUCCGUCGUGCCCAUGUUGCUGAGACCCAAAUCGGUCGGAUACAUCCGGCUGGCAUCCGCUGAUCCGUUCGACAAGCCGCUCAUCUACCCCAACUACUUUGUCGACGACCAGGACGUCCGGGUCCUGGUCGAAGGAGUCAAAAUCGGUUUGGCCCUGGGUGAGACGGCCUCCUUCAAGAAGCUGGGCACAAAAUUCUGGGCCCAGCCAUUCCCCGGAUGCGAGCAUUUGCCACUGUGGACGGACGACUACUGGGCUUGUUUCGUCCGCCACUAUUCGUCCACCAUUUACCAUCCGACCGGAACGGCCAAAAUGGGUCCCAUCGGAGACCCGACGGCCGUCGUCGAUCCCGAACUCAGAGUCUACGGUGUGCACAAUUUGCGAGUCGUUGACGCUUCCAUCAUGCCCAACGUGCCUUCCGGCAACACCAACGCUCCAUCGAUCAUGGUCGGAGAAAAAGGCGCCGAUUUGAUCAAAUCUUUUUGGUUAAAUUACGCGGACAAGAAAAAGUAAAAAUAAAAGCGACCAGGACUCCCCUGCCAAGCUGUUUUCAACCUAGUCUCAUCAACUUUUUUAAAAUCUCGUUGAAACCGGGACGAACAAAAAAAAAACAACAAAAAAAACACCCUCUCUACACCCUCUUAAUUCUCUAUCUAUCUCUUUUAAUUUUAUUUGAUUGCAGCGUAAGAAAAAAAAAAAAAAAUUGGUGGGGAAUUGAUCCCGGGCCCUUGUUGUACAGUAAUUUACAAGUGUGUUGACUUGAAACAACUGGAAAAUUCAUUUUCACCCAAGAAGAACAAGUGUUUUGUGUGUGUGUGUGUGUGUGCAAUGUGCCCGUCAGUGUGUGUUGGCAAAUUUCAGUGGAAAUGCUUAUAAGUGGACACCUCACAGGUGAAUUUUGAAUUUUUUGUGUUUUUCCCCCCGCGUUUUUUGGGAGUGUUUUUUAUUGAACCCUCAGGCUCGUCAAGUCACUUGGCUCAUCAUCCAAUAACACGGAAGAAAAAAAAUGAAUUAAUUAUUUAAAAAAUGUAAAAAAAAAAAAAAAAAAAAAAUAUUCGAAUUUUUUUAAAAUAUGUUUUGCCGCCCAAUUUUUGUUUUUCGAACUUUUUUUUUCAAUUUCACAAAAUUUAGAAAUCGUCAUCCAAUUUUUCAAAUUAACACGAAACUUCAUAAGAGUGCCAUUAUUCGUCAUUUGCCCUUGAUUUCACACUCCACGUGUUUUUGUGUUAUUUUUUGUAGAAUGUGUGAGCGAGUUUGUUUUUGUUUUGAUUCAACAACAAAAAUGAAUGAAUUAAUUGAAUCGUUUUUUUUUCUCUUGGGAGGGUGUCAGUGUUUUGAUUUGUUUUUUUAAACAAAAAGAAAAAAUGGGUUCCCUCAAUGGCCGUUUUCUCUCUGUUCUUGAUGAGCUCAUGAUUUGAAAAAACAAAAUCUAAUAAUUUUAAUUAAGAAAGAAAUUGUUCCCAAA